CGCCAUCUCAUCGACCACAACACAGCCAACAUGCGCACGGCAACCAUCGUCAGCGUCUUGCUGACCUUCAUCGUCUCCCUCGCCGCCGCCGUCGACACGGAACGAGAGGUCAAGCUAUUCGCCUGGCCGUUAUCCUCCGAGGAGCCCCAUGAUCUGGCGAUCAUUUCUUACACUUCCUCCAAUGCUUCCAUUAAGAGCUACACGCCCCCUACCACAUCUGCCGACGACAGCAUCGUACGCGUAGGCUACUUCCAUGACUCCGGCGAGUGGUCUGGGAUCGCUACAUCCGCUUCGAAUUUCGCCCCGAACAAGCCGAAGACGCUACAGCUACUCGUCAGGCAGGAUGGCCAACUAUACCACUUGGCAUUCAAGCCUGCUGAGCCAGUGAGCCAGGGGAAGGGAAAGAGCACUGUUGAUGACUUGACAGUGGAAGUGGUACAGAUUACGCAGGGACCGAAGCCCGCAUUGAACAAGCCAGUCGUGGUAACGGCAGAUGGAGAGGUUGAGGGGAAGGAGCCAGAGAAGACGUUCCUGCAGAAGUAUUGGUGGGCCAUUGGACUGUUUUUGCUGCUGCAAGUGGUCAUGGGUGGAGGCAAGGAAUAAGCAUCCACAUCACACUAUGACUACAGAUAGGAAUUGCAUGCAUCAUAUACGAGAACUGGGGAUGUGCUCCGUACUCCGGCCACAUGAAAGAACAGUUCCAGCUUGAUGUCACCAUUCGAGCCCACUCGAGGAUCUAAAGUUCAUACGAUGCGAACUUCCGAAGACAUUCCAGACCCAGCACGAUCAUCGUGCGUUCGGGAGAGAUGCAUUUUGCGAUACAUGGAAAUCAUGGUAGGUAGAACAGCCACAGUCAUAAGGACCGAGCGAAUCAGACCAAGUGCACCAAGAGACGCAGAACCGAUGCAGUGCUCCAGCAAUUGCAAUCCAUAUCAUCCACGAUCGCACUUUUGUCUCAAACCCAUCAAGGCUUCAACGAUUGCACUGAACAGAGUCGCAUAUGAUCGCUCGACUAGCGCGUGCUUCGCAAGCUUUACAGUCCGACAAGUCUGUACAAUGUGUGCGUAAUCCAGCACCGAUUGAAAACAGAGUCGCUGCUGUACAGCAAUGUAUAGUAUCUCCCAGAGGACCGCAAAGUAUGGUCAGGACGGGUUGCUCGACACAAUACCUCUGAACUUUUGGAAGCCGCUAAAAAUACGUGGUGAAUGCAUUGCGAUUGAAAUAUUGCAGAUAUCGCGUUGUACGAGAACAGACCGGCAUCAUCGCGAACAGCACGCGUUGGUGAUUGGCGUUCAGCGCAGCUAGGGAAGCUACCACCUAGGAGGUAAAAGAGUAAUUGGUGACAACCCUUCAAGCCCGCAAACAGCCCGAGCAUGCCAGGAGCUGGCUUUCCAUUGGGCUUACAGCCCCGAGCUCAAGAGGCUACGACCACCUGCAGGUUGAAAAGUUAAGCUUAAAUCAUAUGCACCUCUAGAGACUCGCCGAUCCCACAUACGAAGCACAAGCGAUACAAAUCUGGUAUCAGUAUGACGGGACGAAUGAAAGUAUCAGUGGUAUGAGGACUAUGACGAAGAGGCGAAGAGGUUGCACGGGAGGAUGAGCACUCGUUGGCAAUGAAUUUCGAAGAAGGCUGUAAGUCCAGACAACGUACUAAGGUACAUGUAUAUCUUCUAUAGGAACGCCGCUAUUUGGACAAAGAGGUGCCUUUCUGGGACCCUCCCCAGGUCCGGUCGACAGAGCAGCGAGACGUGCUCAGUGCUACUGGGGACUCUUGACGAGGAAUAUGGUCAGCUCUCAGCACGCGUGUGCCUGUGAUUGCUGUUGGCGUUGGUUGUCUCGGGCGCUGGAGGUUGUGCCGAUA